ACACACACAGCCGGGGCUCCUGAAGCGCCACCUCGUCACGCACAGCAAGUACCACGCCGGCGAGCGGCCCUACGUCUGCAGCGACUGCGGCGAGAGCUUCGCGCAGAAGGAGCACCUAGUGAUGCAUAGCCGCUUCCACGGCUCGCUGUCCCCCUUCGUGUGCCCCGACUGCGGCGUCGCCUUCGCACGCAAGUUCCAACUUGUCAACCACGGGAGAGUCCAUGGAAGAGUUCCGCACGCUUGCCCUGUCUGUGGGAAAGAAUUUCUACAGAAACGGACUCUUGUUGCACAUAUGAAAAUCCAUACGGGUGAAGGAGUGGUGGCAUGCCUGGAAUGUGGCGAGGCGUUCAAGUGUAAGACAGAGAUGCAGCAACACUGCAAGAUGUCGCGGCACUGUAUGAGCGGCAGCGUCACGCAACAAACACAGCAACAACAGGUCCAACAACAGAACACCCAACAACAGCAGCAGCAACAACAACAGCAGGCUCAACAACAAGCCCAACAACAACAACAGCAGCAGCAGCAACAGGCGCAACAGCAAGCCCAACAGCAGGCGCAGCAGCAGCAACAACAGCAACAACAGCAGCAGCAGCAGCAGCAACAACAACAACAACAGACGACGGUUAUAAAACAGGAUGAUUUCAAGCCGCAAAUAGUUCAUCUCAUCGGCGCCGACGGUCAGAUUGUGACAGAAAAAGUGACACCUGGGUACCCUUGUCCAGAGUGUGGAUCUUGCUUUAACACUAAGGAGGCACUGUCACUGCACGUGCGGCUGCACGCGGGCGACCGCACGUGCGUGACGGACCUGUGCGCGCUCACGGCCGCGCUGCAGCCCGGCCUCGUGCAGCAGCACACGCAGCACAAUCAACCUAUACAAAUAAUAUCCUCAAAUCCGAACAACGUAGUACACACGCAAGUUAUUGCCACUCAAAAUCAUCACAUAGCAACGCCGCGGCCGAAGAUCCACUUUUGUGUAGAUUGUGGGAAAGGGUUUGCGGCGAAACAUGGCCUAUUAGCGCAUCACAGAAGACACCCAGACGGGAGCUGUACGCUAAGAACGCACGUAUGCGACCAGUGCGGCAAAGCGUUCUUCCAGAAAAACCACCUCAUGCUACAUCAGAGACAGCACAUGGACUUGCCGCCUAGAAGUAGAGAUACGAGUAACAACGACAACGGGGCGAUAAUCAUGAUAACGGGACAUUCGAAGAACUUCCAAUCACCACAACAACAGGCGCAACAACAGGCACAACAGCAAGCGCAACAACAGGCACAACAGCAGGCGCAACAACAGGCGCAAGCAGCGCAACAGGCCGCACAGCAAGCCGCCCAGCAAGUCGCCCAGCAAGUCCAGCAACAGGUCCAGCAACAAGUCCAGCAGCAGAUGCAGAUCGAGAUAGACUCUCAGGAGCACCAGCAGCCGACGCACAUACAAGUCGUGACGAACCGGUCGGGGCAGGUGAUCGGCAACCAGAUCGUGGUGGGUGGCGUGGGGCGGCGCCUCGUGGGCUCGCAGCUGCACGUCAUCGGCCGCGACGGCAAGACUAUCGGCACGCAGCUGCCGCUCAAGCACCAGCGGCACAACGCCACCAGGUGAGACACCAGACCGUGGCCCUCGUGGGCUCGCAGCUGCACGUCAUCGGCCGCGACGGCAAGACUAUCGGCACGCAGCUGCCGCUCAAGCACCAGCGGCACAACGCCACCAGGUGAGACACCAGACCGUGGCCCUCGUGGGCUCGCAGCUGCACGUCAUCGGCCGCGACGGCAAGACUAUCGGCACGCAGCUGCCGCUCAAGCACCAGCGGCACAACGCCACCAGGUGAGACACCAGACCGUGGCCCUCGUGGGCUCGCAGCUGCACGUCAUCGGCCGCGACGGCAAGACUAUCGGCACGCAGCUGCCGCUCAAGCACCAGCGGCACAACGCCACCAGGUGAGACACCAGACCGUGGCCCUCGUGGGCUCGCAGCUGCACGUCAUCGGCCGCGACGGCAAGACUAUCGGCACGCAGCUGCCGCUCAAGCACCAGCGGCACAACGCCACCAGCGGUGACGUGAAAGAAGUGAGCGGGCUGGUCCUGUCGACGGCGCGCGGCUCCAACCUCAUCAAGUACGAGAUCUCCCUCCCGCAGGCCGCGCCCGUCGUGCCCGUCGUGCAGGUGCAGCAGCUGGACUGAGCGCCGCCGCCGCCACUGGACACUGACAAAACGUACGUCUACACCAGACAAUGAUAGCUCCAUACGUCAUCCUUGCGUGGAUCGUGCUGGGUUGAGUGUAUCCGACAGUGAAAGAACGUGACCAGAGGUCAUAUGCGUGAGUGAUCUGCUUCGCUAUUGCUGCCGUUUGAGAUAAUAAGGUCAGCAAGUGCAGAUUUUAAAGUACGAUGAUAAUUGAUCUACUCGACAUAUUGUGUGUAUUCCAUUCUGAUCUUAAGAUAACGUAAACAAAACCCACGUGACUUGGUCGUUUGACCAAUGUUAGAGUUCCAUAGAUAUAACAUGUACCUCAUUGGCCGAAUGCCCGAGUCAUGUGGACUUUUGGAAUAAACCAUUGGAAAGUAAUUUGAUUGGAUCUCCGUCCUGAAUAAAAUUGUGUAUUCUCUACAUGAGAUCUUAAUCUAAAGGGUAUAUAUAAUCAGUCUUGAUCAUCCACAGAAUUAAAUUGAAUGAGUCUUAUAUUCAGGCUUGCGUUUUGGAUGGAUUAUUUAUGGUGUUUUCAUAACUAAGUGUACCAUUUACUUUUAUUCGAAAAACAAGUUAUUUCGACUAGGACCAUUGAUUGAAACAAAGAUAGAAAGUGUCCUCAGGUUUUUAUACUUGUGACACACUUUCACAUACUAGAUGUAUGUGAAAAUGUGUCACAAAAUUGACCAUUUUUUUUGGACAUUUUAUUUUUAUUUUUUGUCCUCAUGAUUUUGAGUAGAAAUAACCCAAAAGAUGGUGUUUUUAUUUCAAAACUAUUUUAUACACUUUUUUCAGAAAAUGCCCUUAAAUAUAGUAUGAUACUUUACUAAACAGUAAAUGAAUAUUGAUAUACCUUAUGUCUAUAGCAAUAAGGUAUGAGUUAACUGAAUGGACGCGGGAACAUCAUGUUUACAUUAUAGCGAUCGUUAGGACACUUGAUUAAUACGUGACGACAAAUCAUCACAACAAGCUUUAACUUUGUUGUAAACUGAACACAGUAACACGGAUAGGACCGAAUAUAAACUACUAAUACCUAUAUCUUUAUUUAUUAUAUUGACGAAUGUACAAUAAUAUUUAAUUUUUGCGCAUAUGCGCCCCUGAUUUUAAGUAGCAACUUUCUUCAAUGCAAUUCGUUUAUAUGGGAAUAAUUUAAACUUAUAGAAUUCAGAACGAGUCACUGAAUAUACGUGAAAUGUAAAAGAUUUGCAACAAAAUCUAUUAAACAAUACAUUUUAAAUAUAACGCCUAAUAUGUGUCUAAUGGAUUUUGGUUGUCGAGGGCUGCUUUUAAGAUAGGAGUGUUCUAAAAUUUAGAACAUUAACGCUUUCGAGCGUUUGUAAAAAGACAGGAUAUCACUUAGUAACUGUAAUUAUAGUGUAUACUAUAGCGUAGCUUACUGAUAGUACUGUACAUAUCAAAGUUUUGUAAGCACUGAUCGUGUAUAUUGUAAAAUCUCUGUACGUAAGCAUUUAAGUUUUUCGUUUCGUAUAAGUUUGUUAAGUACAUUAUUUUUAAUUGUGUUAUCGAGUAAUGGCAGGUUUCAGUUUUAAGUGCAAUUGGAAUUAUAUGUUAGGUCUCAGUUUUUAUUUAAACUUUUAUAUGCAAAAUCAGAUAAACCCAUUUACAAGUGAACGUUUUAAAAUAAAACUAAUGGAUCUGCGUACGUUGAAACUUGUAAGUGGGUUUUAAAUUGAACCGAAGGUUUUGGAUUAUUGUGUAUCUAGUCUGUGAUAGGGAAUGUCUAUUACUGUCUGCAACAACUGAACAUUUCGAGAAGCAAUACUUUACAAAAUAACUGCCAAACGUGUGAAUAUGUAUAGCCCCACUGUAAGUAGUGUUCAAUAGAGUAUAACGCAGCUUAUAGUUGUAUUCAUAAAUCGUAUAGCUUAAGGGGCUGUUUCACAAUGUCCAAGUUAAGUCCUGAAUAAGCUACUUGCCACUUAUCUGACGAAUAAAGUAAUCGUUGGCGUUUCACAAUUUUCUAAUAACCUUAACUGGUAGAUAAAGAGCUAAGUUUUAUCUGGCAGUUAAUUUAUUUGUUAAUUAUCUAUCCGAUACCUACUUUACUUUUGUGAAACAGACUCUAAAAUGUCCUAAAUCGUUUUCAUAUUCUAUUCGCUUACACUAGAAUUUAUUUGACCAAAUUUUGGUCUAUUCUUUUACGAUUGUUACCCAGUUUGCCAGUAGUUUCAACAAAUAUCAAAAAUACAAUUUUGAUUGUAAGAUACAUUGGUAGUACAGAAUUAAGUUAUUUAAUAGCUAUUGGAUAUCAUUUCAUGUACAAUUUUCAUAGACACAUACGAUGUUCAAAUGCGCCUCAACUAAUGCCGAAGAUUUUCGAGCCUCUGAAUCAGUUCCCUAUUUGAGUGCUUCCAUACGAAUUGUCAAAAUAGAUUGAUUCUAUUUAGCGGUGUAGACAGUAUUAAGUUUCUAUAAAUUAUAUCAGUAAACGGCUUAAUCGAAUGACUUAAUAAGUGGCGUUUGUGGUUUAAACUACUGUAAAAUUAUCCUACAUUGUGUAGGCAUUAUUAGUCAAACAAGUAGAGAGGGAGUAGUAUACAAAGCCUAAGUGUGAAUUUCAUGAAAUCAUAUUAGUAUCACGUCGAUAUAGAGGAAUAUAUGACACAACAGGGUUAGGGCUGUUAGGUAUAUCAAAUCUAUUGAUAAAAUUAGGCUUCGAACGCACUGCGAUUAUUUUCUUGCGGUUCCAGAACCGCAAAAUGUGUAACGCACGGCAUGUUUCAUAAGCGCACGCACGUGCAAGACUGAAACCGCAAGAAAUGAGACUGAAACCGCAAGAAAUUAAUCGGAGUGCGUUCUAAGCCUUAAGCCGAUUGUAGAAAGGUUUAAAUCAAUUAAGACACAGUUAUUUAAUUAUUACUCUUUAUAGUUUUAGCCACAAACACCAUAUGUCAUAUGAGCUCUGAAUGUAUUGCAAAUUUAUUUUAUUUGCCAUUUACUUACUUGUAAAUAUUACAGUGAAUACCUAUAAUUUUUAUAUUAAAGUGAAAAUAUACAUAACAUAAUUUAAA